CAUUGCAUGCUUUGAAGAAAGAAAGGUGAGCAGACCACUUUUUUCCGGUGAAGAGAAUGGCCAGCUUUGAAGCAACACGUGAGGUGCAUGUCAAGAAAAAGGAGCAACCACCACACCAAGCUCCGGCAGCCUCCGAUCUGACACAGCCUGAGGAGGCUUUUGCUGACGGAGAAUCCGACCCCAAACUUGACACCGGUUAUCCGAUGGAUGCAGCUUCUAAACAACACAAGGAACAAGGCAAGGCUCCAAAGAAGGAUGAUAAAGAUGAUCAUCAAACCCUCAAAUCGGCAGUUAUAAUUUCUGGCAUCGUUGUUGCAGUGAUUGGAGCCAUAUUUGCCAUUGUCAAGAAGUUGAAGGGAGCGUGAUGCCAUGUGCACAUUUUAAUUUGUGUGUGUGUGUGUGUGUGGUGUUUUUGAGGUAUUUGUGGUAUGGUAUGCUGCAAAACUCGUUUACAUUACAAUGCUAGUUUUUUAAGUUAAUUUAGAUAAUCACAUUGAAUAGAUUGAUCUGUCGUUCUGUCAUAAUGGUAAUAUUGCAACAUGAAUGGAAGGUAAAUGACACACACAAUGGUACUACUCUUUCAA